GAGCAGCUCACUGAAGAGAACAGGAAAGCUUAGUCCCGCUCCUCCAAAGCAUCUCAGAACGUAUGUCUGAGUGACAAGAGAUAUUAUUGCUCUGUGCCGCUCCGUUACUUAACUGUGCAUACUACUUAUUAUUAGACAUUACCACUGGCUAUAUCUAGCCUCUCUCUUUUAUUAAUAUUGUCAGCCUAUAAGACGUUGCCAACCGUUUACCUCCGAGCAAAGAGGAAGUGCUUGAUGAAAACGAAAGUAGAUUCACCAUAGUUUGCUAUUGAUGAAACAGUAACGUUGUUGCUUGUAUUCAAAAAAGAAAACGUUCACCUUUGAAAACACUUCAUAACUGCAGUAUGGCCAUGGAAAUCCUCAAGUCAUCAAGGGAAGACCUUUGCAAGUGGCUGUCCGUUGAUCCAGAUUCAAUUAUUCACAAAGCGGAGGCUAUGAUAACUGUAAAGACAGACAAAGAAAUACAAAAACAAAGUGCAAACGAAAAGAAAAUCGACUGCCUUCUUGAAUUCAUAGUUGAAAAAGAAGAAAGAUGUCAGGAAUUCCUCAAUAUUCUGAGAAAAGUCCAGGACCUCUAUCCGCAGCUUAAAACGUUGUUUGGUGAAAGUGGGAAAGGAAAUGUUCAUCACUGUGUACAAGCGGAUGGAGGAAGCAUUGCCAUUGCCCCUUUUAUUCAAUCUUCUGCAGUGUCAGGCUUUAACAUGCCAGUGAAUAUAAAGAGUUCACAUGUCUGCUCCAGCAACAAGCCAAUGCCAUCCUCAGCUUCUGCUGAUAAAGGUAAAUCCAAAGGACAAAGUGGAACACAAUUUGAAGUACGUGCUACAGAUGGAAGUAAUGUAGUUGCCCCAGUUAUAAUGUCUGGGAAAGUGGAUGGAAUUUACAUGCCUAUUAAUAUAGACCAAUCCACUACCAGCUCCAGAAGGGGUGGCACAAGUAGAACAUCAGGACAAGAAAAGGUUAUAUCGAUAGAAGAAGCUGAUGCCUUAGUGCCAGACAAGAUGGCAUUCCUGAAGAGCAGCCUACCCAAUUUAGUUCAGAGAGUCAAAAAUAUAGGUCCACUCACUGACCAAAUUUUGGGGAACGGUUUCUCUAAUGAAAUGGUUUCCAAUAUAAGAUCUGUGAAACCUGAGGCAAAACAAAUGAGAACAAUCCUGGAGUACACAACUACAAAAUCUGUAGCCAGCAAGGUGUUUUAUGCUCUUUUGGAGGUUGAACCAUAUGUUAUGAAAGAAUUAGUGGAGGAUUACUCCAAAAAAUAGGUAUACUAUUUGAA